AGAACCAUAAUCAUUGGCUUCGCUCUCCUCGAGAACGAUUGGUGUCGCAGGUAGAAAUUGGCCCAGGGGUCUCAUUCAUCCAUGCCGGACUGGAAAGUUACUUUUGGAGGCUUAUUGUUCGUUCCCGUUAUUAUCUUUACCGUGCUGUUCAUCCCCCGACCUCGACUCGGUCAGGGUGUUGGAGAGGUCGCAGUGUUCUCUGCCGUCGCCCCCUUUGUUUCCUCGUUUCUCAGCGGCCGUUCUGCUACGAAGUCGUACGUUACUUGAAAGCUCCCCUUCCAUACGAUAAACUUUAGCCGUAAAGUCGACGGCAUAUUCAU